AUGAAGGCCCUUAAACAGAAUAGCAAGAAAAAGGAAGUAAAAAAUCAUGAUGACAUGAACACAGAAAAUUCAACUGUUAAUGGCAUCAAUAUAAACGAUAUAAACAUAAACGAUAUAGAAGAAAAUAUAAGUGACCACAAAAAUGAACGGAAAGUUAAAAAAAAAGGGAAAGCCAUCGAAUAUUAUUUGUUUGAUGUAGAGGCAUACAACACCAACAACAACACCACGACAGAAAGUUUCGUUGACUUAAGUUCUAUAAGAUCAAGUUAUUUAUCAGAAAACAGGAAGAAAAAAGCCAAGAAAAAAAAAAGCAGCUAUUUAAAAAAACAGCUAAAAAUUUAUAAAAAGAAAUAUAAAAUAUUGCCAGAACAUAACAUUGACCAAGAUACCAGCUACGAAGAGUCUGUGAAAAAUGCAAAUAAAGACUAUAGAAUAUACGACCUGAAGGAGGUGAAAACGGAUAAAGGAACCAAUGACUUUUUGCCACAAAUACGCAAAGAUACCAUCGGUGUGAAGAAGGACGUGUUUGUAAAUGUAAUCAAAUUUAUCAUUCUCGUUUCCUCCAUUUUCUUCUUCGGUUCGUGCAGCACAACCAUAACCAAGUACAUUAUUUUUGUGAGGAAGUUUAAUUACACGCAAAUUGUCACGCUUCUGGAAUUUUUCAUAAUGUAUCUGAUUCUGAGAUUGGUAAUCUUCUGUGGGAAAAUGAAAAGUUCGACAAACUUAACGAGGAAGCAAUACAUCAAAUAUAUCAUUUCGAGCAAUAGCGCCUACUCCUACUUAGAAAUUCCGGUCAUUUCUGUCAUUAAAUCGAGUUCGCUAAUAUUGAUAUAUUUUUUAUCCAUCAAAUUUGGUAACCUUUUUUUUUCGAAAAUCUCGGCUGAUUUGUUCGAAGCGGAAUGUUUGAAGGAAUUCAAGUGCUCCCUGUUGUGUUCGAUUCUUACAAUAUUGAUGGGGGUAAUUAUGAGCAUUACUACGCUGAAAAUAGACAGCUUGUUUGGUAUGUUCCUGUUGUUAAUAUCAGUCAUCGCGUCAUCCCUUAAGUGGGUUUUUACCAAUGUUUUGUUAAGAUCAACAUCUAUGAAGGCGCACAUUAUUUUGUUACACAUAUACCAAGUGGCCAUGUUUAUCAUAAAUUAUAACAGCAACGUUUUAACUAUUGAUCAGAUACUUUCAUCAUUGGUUUUAGUCGCCAUUGGCGCACUGAGCAGCGUAUUUUUAAUUUUAGCGGAGUUCUCAUUAAUAUGUAAAAUGCUGGAAAAAGAUAUACACAUUCCGUACACCUCAUCCGUGACCCUGAGUAUAGUCUUUAUAGGGAGAGAGGCAAUCCUUUUGAUUAUUGGAUCGUUAUUUUUUGGUGAAAAUAUCAAUUUUAGUUCAUCUAUUGGCAUAGCAAUUUCGAUGAUUGGUACCAUCCUCUAUGGUUAUGCAUCAAAGUGA